UCUAACCCUCGCAAGCGACUGAGCAGGACUCGUUCGUCCGACCGACCGCAACCGGCAGCUUCUCCUUAAAACUCCCGGUGUUUUUCGCCCCACACGAUCGACUAAACCGUCCACUCAGCAAACACACGUCCUCUACGGACAGCCAGAGGCACCAAAAGGCACCAGGAAAAAAAGAGGGGAUCCCUCUCUCUCGGGUCUCCAGGCAAAAGGUCCAAGGUCAUGACCACACCGUGAACCACCUACACACUUCCUCCACCAUUCACUGAGCCAUCAUGUUCCACACAUUCCCCAACAAGUCCAAGCCCCAGUCUCCAGUUUCUUUGGAAAAAACGUACUCACUGACCGCCCACUACGAUGAGUUCCAGGAGGUGAAGUAUGGCAGCCGUUACAGCAGCAGCACCCUCAGCAAUGGCAUGAGCCUGCACCUCGGCGGCUCCCUCGACCGCUACAGCCGCUCCCGGAGCGGGAGGGACAAGAGUGCCGGAGGGGGUGGGAGCAGUCCAGGGGGUGGGACCUCAGAGAGGUGGAGCCGGAGGGAGAUCUGCCUGCUCUCGGCCCUGGUCUUCGUGGCUGGCAUGUGUGUGAUCCUGGGCUGCAUGCUGGCCCUCAAGUUCUUGUCCCUGGAGGCACAACAGGACGCCCAGUGCAAGCAAGACUGCAAGGCAAGGCGCUCUCUGCUGAGGGCAGCACGCUUCGUUCAGGGCAACAUUGACACAAGUGUCCAGCCUUGCCACGACUUCUACAGCUUCGCCUGCGGAGGCUGGCUCCGGCGCCAUGGGAUACCGGAGGAGAAGUUGAGCUACGGCAUUAUCACGGCCAUCGGAGAGCAGAACCAGGAGAAGCUGCAGCGCCUCUUGGAGCGACCUGUCAGGAGGACAGGGCCGGACAGUGCUGAGAGAAAGGUGAAGGAGUUCUAUCGCUCCUGCGUCAACAUCCAGGAGAUCGACCGGCUCGGAGCAACACCUAUGAUGGAAGUGAUUGACAGUUGUGGUGGGUGGGACUUGUCUGGAGCUCCACCUGGAGGGGCGGGUUGGGAAAGUGGUUCCGCUCCUGUGAGGCCUGACUUUAACGAGAUGCUGUACAGGACCCAAGGGGUGUACAGCACAGCCGUCUUCUUCUCUCUCACCGUCAACGUGGACGACAAGAACUCCUCGCGCAAUGCCAUACGAAUUGAUCAAGAGGGUCUGACGUUGCCAGAGAGGACGCUGUACCUGGGCCAGGAUGAGGACAGCGUGAAGAUCCUGACUGCUUACAAGGCCUUGAUGGAGAGGCUGCUGAGCAUGCUGGGAGCUCACAACGCCACAGUGAAAUCCCGAGAGAUUUUAGACCUUGAGACGAGACUGGCCAACAUCACCGUAUCAGAAUUUGACGAGCAGAGAAAAGACAUCAGUAGCAUGUACAACCGGAUCACACUCAAGCAGCUCCAGCGUAUGGCACCUAGCCUGCACUGGAAGCGUCUGCUGGAUAGAAUAUUCCAUGAUAACUUCUCGGAAGAAGAAGAGAUUGUGGUGCUGGCAACAGACUACAUGCAGAAAGUCUCUGAUAUCAUCAAGACUACCUCAAAAAGGGUCCUGCACAACUACAUGCUGUGGCGUAUCGUGGCCGCUCUGAGUGAGCACCUCUCCACUGCCUUCAGGAGCACCAUCCACGAGUUUUCCCGAGAGAUCGACGGUACAGAGAGGCAGCUGGAGAUCAGCCGACUCUGCCUCACUCAGGCCAACAAGCACUUCGGCAUGGCGCUGGGAGCCCUGUUCGUCCAGCAGCACUUCUCAUCUCACAGCAAGGCCAAGGUUCAGGAGCUGGUGGAGGACAUAAAACAUGCCCUUGAUAGCAGACUGAAGGAGCUUGACUGGAUGGAUGAAGACACCAAAGAGGCUGCAAGAGCCAAGCUCCAGCAUAUGAUGGUAAUGACGGGGUAUCCAGACUUCCUGCUGAAGCCAGAGCUCAUUGACGAGGAAUAUGGGUUUGAUGUGAGCGAGAAGACCUACUUCAAGAACAUUCUCAACAGCAUCAAGUACAACAUCAAACUGUCCAUCAAGAAGAUCCACAAGGAAGUGGACAAGACAACGUGGCUUCUUCCACCCCAAGCGCUGAACGCAUACUAUCUCCCAAAUAAGAACCAGAUGGUUUUCCCUGCUGGAAUUCUUCAGCCGACUUUGUACGAUCCAGAAUUCCCACAGUCUCUAAACUAUGGGGGCAUUGGAGCAAUCAUUGGACAUGAGCUGACACAUGGCUAUGAUGACUGGGGUGGGCAGUAUGAUCGCUAUGGCAACUUGAAGCAGUGGUGGACCGAGGAGUCGUACAGAAAGUUCCAGAAGAAAGCAGAGUGCAUCGUCAAAUUGUACGACAACUUCACAGUCUACAAUCAGCGGGUAAACGGUCGUCUCACUCUUGGAGAGAACAUCGCAGAUCUCGGGGGGCUGAAGCUUUCCUACUAUGCGUAUCAGAAGUGGAUAAGAGAACAUGGUCCAGAGAGGCCACUUCCAGGCCUUAAAUAUACACACGAGCAGCUGUUGUUCAUAGCAUUCGCCCAGAACUGGUGUAUGAAAAGGAGGUCUCAGUCUAUAUACCUUCAGCUGCUGACCGAAAAACACGCCCCAGAACACUACAGGGUUAUCGGAAGCGUGUCUCAGUUUGACGAGUUUGGCAGAGUGUUCCACUGUCCAAAGGGGUCACCUAUGCAUCCUGUCAAUAAAUGCUCUGUCUGGUGACCUUUCGACCUUCAUGGUCCUUCAUCUGCCUGACUUCAUCUGCCCGACUUCAUUUGUUUUGAUAUCACUGCUGCAACAAAGGGAAACAAUAGACCACUGUAGCCGUGUCAUCAUUUUGUAGUCGGUAGUUCUUUUGCCCAUAUUAGGAACUCCGGGUCUGAGCUCCAGAAUGAAUAGGGUUUUUGAAAAAUUGCCUCUAUCGCCCCUGUGUUAAAUAAAAACCUUCAGAACCUGAUACAAUUUCUCCUAUGAACAUUGUUUUCUCAAACACCACUGGAUCCUCUGAAUUACGAGAUCGUUAAAGAGUUGAAAUAUGAAUAUUGUUACAUGUGAGCUAAAGCUCCUUAAGCAAGUUUUGGCCAUUAACAUUUCCAUGUUCAGGCUGAGGGAAGAUGAGAAGGAGUCAGAGCAACAUCAGCAGGUUUCCCUGCAGUUCUCUGUCCUUCAUCUGAUGCUCAGUGUAUCAUGACAGAUCUUUCCUUUUAGCUUGAUUUGAAAAGAUCUACAAACAUACCUGCACUCAGGCUAAUCCAGUGCAGACUCAAUAUCACUGCUCACCCCCUCUCAGAAUAUCCUAUUUUUCUGAGGACAUUCGCCAGUUUUUUGUUCGACUUCUCCCGUUCCACCUUAGAUGUUGGGUUUACAUUUAAGGUGUGACGGGAAAAUUCAGACAAGCAGCCAGAAAAAAGAAGCUGACUUCAGCUUCAUGGAGGUUUGAAAGGCCUGAUAUCGGGAACUUUCUCCAUUUCCGACCUAACAGCUGAGUAACAUUAUCUUAUUUCAUCGAACUAACAAGUCAGUAUUUACUACUCACAGCUGCUGCACCAUUUAAGGUGGAACGAGAACAUUCAAGCAAGAAGCUUCGAAAAAAAAAACUAAAUUCAGCUUUGUAGUUUUAACAUGGGUAGUAUAAGGAGUUUUAGCCUAUCAAAAUAUCCCACUUAGAGGUUUUAUUUACGGGUACACCUGUAAUUAUGCGCUACAGCAGAACAUUUCGUUAAGCUGGCACAGCUCGUCAGAGCACCGGCUCAGCCCGCCGAAAUUUCAUGUAGGUUAGUGACAUCAAAUGUAGCUUUAGCUCGCAUGUAGCAAUAUUAGCAUAAUAGCUCUUUACGACCUCGUAAUUCAAAGG